UCACGAUGCGAACUAACCUAUACUACAUGCCCUUGGUUGAUCUUCAACUUUUUAACACCUUUUUCUCGACUGAUUCGUUUCCAUUUAAACGAAAUUCCAUUAAACAACGACAAACUGUUCAAUAGCGGCGUAAAAGACUGUAAAAAACAAACAAACAAACAAAAAACAAGUAAAAUGUUACCCAGGGCGGCUCAUUUGACUGGAGAAAAAACUCUAACCAUUCUUCACUUUAACGACGUGUACAAUGUUGAGUCAGUGAACACGGAGCCUGUUGGCGGAGCAGCUCGUUUCUGCACGGCAUUUAAAUCAUUCUCUCAUUUGCAUCCACUUGUUUUGUUCAGCGGUGAUGUAUUCGCUCCGUCAUUCAUGAGUACAUUCACCAAAGGAGAGCAGAUGGUUCCAGUCCUCAAUGCCCUAAAUAUUCAAUGCGCGGUCUACGGAAACCACGAUUUCGAUUUCGGUAUUGACGUGUUGAAGCAAAGAGCUGGAGCCACAACGUUUCCUUGGCUAAUGUCCAACGUGAUAGACAACGAGACACGGAGGCCACUGGCAGAUGGAAAAUGCAGUCUAGUUAUUGAUUGGCACGGAACCCGCAUUGGACUGGUGGGGUUGGUGGAGAAAGAAUGGCUGGACACACUUUCAGCGGUUGAUCCGGAACACGUAACCUACACCGAUUACGUAGAAUGUGGCCGUUUAUUGGCGCGCAACCUGAAGGAUAUCCAAGGUUGCAGAACUGUGAUUGCCUUAACUCACAUGCGAACACCUAAUGAUCUCCGAUUGGCUAAGGAAGUAGAGGAGAUCGAUUUAAUCCUUGGAGGCCAUGAUCAUGUUUCAGAAUUUAUAGAGGUAGAAAAUAGGUGCAUCAUCAAGAGUGGAACAGAUUUCCGUCAAUUUUCUGAAAUCACGAUGCGCUUUUCUGGCGAGAAAGAAAAACCCUCAAUCAGUGUUAGGCUAAUGGACGUUACCUCUCAAUACGACGAAGAUGUGGACCUUAAAAAGGUUUUAGAUGGUUUUACAGGCGUGAUUGGAGUGAAAAUGGAGGAAGUUUUGGGCGAAUUUGCGGUUCCUCUAGAUGGUCUUAAUGCUUCUGUUCGCACUUCUGAAACUAAUUUAGGAAAUUUUAUCUGUGAUAUUAUGGUGGCCGCAACUGAUUCGGAUCUGGCUUUACUCAACUCUGGGACCUUCCGCUCUGACAAGAUACAUCCGCCUGGACCGUUCAAAAUUCAUGAUUUGAGCCGGAUUCUUCCUAUGCUUGAUCCUCUAAUCGUCGUCGAAAUUUCCGGCGAGGAUUUACUCUUCGCUUUGGAGAACGGUGUUUGUAUGUACCCAAAGUUGGAGGGUCGUUUCUUACAGGUUGGCGGAAUGAGUUUCGCCUUCGAUCCCACAAAACCACCGCUCCAGCGUGUAGACCCGCGAUUCGUUCGCAUCGGCGAUCAGUAUUUGGAGCUCAAAACUAAAUAUCGUUUGGUCACAAAGGCGUACAUGAUGGCUGGCAAAAACGGAUUCGAUGUUAUGAAAAGGCAAAAAAUCCUGGUUGACGAAGAAGACAGUUUGCCACUAAACUGUGUGGUGCAAAAUUAUUUCCAGGCUAUUAAAAAGCUUCUAAAAAAACAUAGUUUGGCUCGUACAAUCGAAAGCGAAUUGCAUCCAGACGGAAUGAUCCCAACCGCUAUUCCAGAAACUGGAUCAAUCCGUCUCCGUCGAUGCAGUACAAUCGAAGUACCCAACGAAGCACAAAAAAGAGCACCGAAAUUGCGGAGACAGUCCAAUAUUAUAGAAGUGGAGAAAGCUUCUUGCAAAUUGGAACCACGCAUCGAGGGAAGGAUUGUUGUUCUAAAUGAGGAAACACUGGUGCAUCUGUUGAGCGAACGUGAAGCGUGGGAGAAAAGUGUGGAGCGUACCAUCAGGGAAUCCAGUGAAAAUUGAUUCUUUUCUCUAACGUCCAUGACAAACUUCUGCAAAACUUUUACUCCAUCCAUAUGCCGUAUAAUCUCAGCAAAGCAAUACAUAAAUUUUGACUGUACAGAAA